AUGGAUAAAUUUGAUACUGAUACAUAUUUUGAAUUUAAAACUUAUGAAGAAUUUCGAACAGCACGAUUAAAGUUAAAUUAUGAUAGUACAUUAAAAUUAUGGUAUUCAUUACCUGAAGGAUUACCUACGUCUGGAGAUAAUCAAUUGGUCAGACGACAAACAACUAGACAACAACGAGCACGUGUGAGAUAUAUGAAAUUUUAUGCAUUUUAUUGUACAUUACUUAAGAAAACAUUUCUGAGAAAAAAAAUUCAAUCAAAAGGAUUUCGUUUAUGGAAUGAAACAUUAAAUGUACCAGCAUUAAAAGAUGAUUCUCUAUAUGGUAUAUAUCAAUCUAUGGGUCAUGUUACUUCGGAAUUUCUUAGUAAAGGUCGACGAUAUGAUCCAACAAUUAGUUUCGAAGAAUUAUUUAAAGCUGGUCGAACAGUUUGGUUUAUGAUUGCUUUUCAAAUGCAACUUAAUAUUCCAUUAGCUUUAACUGAUUCGAUAUUUGGUUAUAAUAUGCUUUAUCCAUAUACGGAUGAUCUAGUCGAUAGUAAUGAUAUAAGUCGAGAAUCAAAAAAAGAUUUUGCAAAAGUUUUUCAUGAACGUUUACUCUAUGGUGAAUCAACAUAUGAUCCAAAAGUACAUUUUGACGGUAAACAAUCAAAUGCAAAUGAAUUAGAUUUACCUAUAUCAUUACAACCACAUGCAGAUCGUAUUGUAAAAAUAUUUGAUAUGGUUAAAUUUAUUGAAAAUGAUUGGGUACGUGGUGGAGAAUAUGAAGGUGUUUAUAUGAGUUUAGCGACUAUUCAUGAAUCACAAAUGAAAUCAACACUACAACAUGCAAGAAUUGAAGAUAAUUAUGCACCAACAAUGGAACAAGUUGAACAAGUUAGUGCAGAAAAAGGUGGUGCAUCAUUAAUAGCUGCUGGAUUUUUAAUUGAAGGACGAUUAACAAGAGCUAAGAUGUCUUAUUUAGAAUAUUUAGGAUUUGGUUUACAAUUACUUGAUGAUUUACAAGAUGUAAAAGAAGAUAUGAAAAAUAAUCAUCGAACAAUUUUUACUCAAACUCUUGCUGAUGGUAAAACAUUAGAUGCACCAACAGCUCGACUUAUUCGAUAUUGUUAUUGUGCAUCAGCAUAUGAAAAAUUUAGUGAUGAUCUACGUACAGUUUCUGAUCGAAAAAGUGGUGUGACAUUAGCACAUUAUGUUCGAGUUUCAAUGAUGAUGUUUUCUGUUGUAUUAGUAUUAGAAGCUGCAUCUCGAUUAAAAGAACAUUAUUCGAGAGAAUUCUAUCGUGAAUUAUCUUCAUUAAGUCCAAUAGCAUUCCGUGAUUUAAGAAAAGCUCGUGUAGAAGAAACAAUGUGGAGAAUUGUACGAAAUCAAUGGUUUUGA